AUGGCCGUUGAUUUGUUGAAGUUCGGUUCUUGCACUGUCUCAAAUGUCGUAGAUAAAUCUACAGUGUCGGUGAAGUCAUUUUGGGAUGGUACACCUUGUGUGAUUGCACUGCUCAGGCGUUUUGGAUGUGCGUUCUGCCGGCUUCAUGCUCUUGAAUUGAGCCGGUUUCAGUCCGCUUUCCAAGCCAAGGGGGUUCGCUUAAUUGGUAUUGGACACGACACCGAAGGUGUUGAGGAGUUUAGAGAGGGACAGUUCUUUUCUGGCGAGCUGUAUUUGGACGAGAAGAAGGAAACCUACGCAGUCCUGGGCUGCGGAAGCGUAGGAUUAGUUCCUGGAAUGUUUUCGCUUAUUCAAAGUGCUGGUAGAAACCUUAUACGCGAAACAAAGGGAAAAAACGUUGUGGGCAAUUUAAAAGGUGACGGAUGGCAAACUGGUGGUCUGGUUGUGGUUGACAAAGAUGGUAGCCUAUUGUACUUUUUCAAACAGACUAAGGUCACCGAUAAUCCGGAUUACGUUAAAAUAAAGGAGUUAUUCAACCUGAAGGAAGAAGAUCUUGCUCCCCUAAAGGGUAACCAACCCAAAGCUGUGUGCAACUAA